AUGCUUCGAAGUCGACAGGCGUCACUUGAUUGUGUCAUUGGAAAUCUCGGUCUUGCUCACGCAGCUGCAUCAACUAAGGGUGACUCUGUGUUAGAGGAGCAGAAACUGUUGUCAUCUAGAAAAGACGUUGCAAGGAAGCGUUUUAAUUCCGCAUACUCAGAGUUAUUGGAAAAGCGGGCGCAAUCAUUAUGUAAAGAAGAGUCGAGGCGUCGAUUUCUAGAAGUGGCUCGCUCGAUUGAGAAAAAACGGGCGGCUGCCAUUGCGGCCCUCCCACCUCCUCCAUCCGACCCACUCGACCCUCAUUUCACCGGCGCUGCGCCUUGCCGGCUUUGUCCCCGGAUAAUUCAUCAGCAUCGGCAAAUGAUGGUGGACGCGGGAACCCCUAUAAUGGAAUCAGCUGAGGAACAGUUAUCUCCAGCUCACAGAAUUAGUGUGCGUUCAGAAGAGUCCACCUUCGGUUGUGACGCUUUCGAAACUGCAGCCGUCGAGACAUUGUGCUCAGACUUUGCUCAGCGCCAGGCUAUCCGCUUUGCUACUGAGACUUCGCUCAAGUCACAGAAGCGCUGCAUUCAAGCUCUAAAAAGGGUUCGAGUGAAGCAGUACUACGAGUCGCUGGUGCAGUGCCUAAACGCCGUCUCUACGAGCGAUGCUGCACUUGACCAAGAAAUUCACACCCCCAGUUCGAAUUCCUCUGCGGAACAGACAUUUUUAAAUGAAUCUUCCUCCGAGAAAGAACUGAUCCACCAUCAUUCAUUUGCGGAUGAUGUUUGGUUAAAUGGUGACGAAGUAUUGCAGUCAAAAGCACAAGAAGUUGGGGGUGGGCUCCAACUGAACGCGCACCUUGGAAAUUUCAGUCCCAAUUCAGUACGUCGGGACAGAAUGGUCAAAUCCCCUGUUUCCUUUUGUUCCGCACAAUCAACGGCAGAACUCUCGCUACUCAGACCAGGUAAUCGCUGUUGCAUGCUGCCUCUGCGGGUGUUCCCUCGUGAUGAGUCAGUCUGGUGUCAUACAUCGCCUCAUCUGGUCCACAAACCCUCUGAGGCUUCGGCGUCGGUGGAACACCACGUCAACCACCCCAUCUCUGGCUUACAUAAUCAGGCUGUCCCUUCACAACUCACCCGGCCAGCCUCAAAUGCCAGAAAGGAGGCGUCACAGUCCAACGAUUUCAUCUUCCAAUCGGAGGCCCGGUGUAGUCGCCGCUCUUCUCAGUCGACCGGUAUUGUGGACAUCAAGGUCGAUCCACCGGGCUCCGCAAAACAUGCUCAGGUGACAGCGAUCCAUCCGAUCUCACCAACACUUCCUUCGAAUACAGUUGUGGUUCAACCGUCACCCACCCACUCGAGAAACCCUGAAGAAAAUCUGGUUGAAUUAGCUGGAGAAGUGGAACCACCAGAGCUUCAAACCCGUGUGUCCAAUAGUGAGUUAGAUGACAGUGGGCAUGCCGUAGUCGCUGUGGCGUCCUCACUUCCGGCGGCAGUUCUGAAAUCGCCACCUGUCAUACACCCACAGGCUCGGGUCUUGGCGACUGAUGACUGUGCCAUGGAGGUCUGGGGAGGGCCUGAUCGUGACACUAGUGGCAGUGUAUGCACGACUGACGACGUUGGGCCGAGUCUUGCUCCAGUUCACUCGUCGUUAUCCACCAAAACUGACUUCGGAAUCCAUGAGGAAGACAUGGUGACCGGAGGUGAGAAGACUGGGUUUGAACCUGUUUCUCCAGGGGAAUAUGGAAUUGAGUCCUAUCCUUCACAUGUUGGAGGCUCGAGCGAAGAGACGGGGACAAGUAAUGGAUCGAAGACACGGCACGUUUCGUCUGGUACGUCGCUGUCAUGCUGUCAGCUCUUACCUUCACAUCCAGCGACUUUGUUUCAACCAAGUUGCGCUCCCUCCCCCGACUACUCCAUUUCGACCAAAGACUCGACUGUGUCUCGCGUUGGCUUAAGUUGUCACGUUAGGCCCUGCGGUAGUGAGCAGCAAAGCUUGCCAACAGCGGCAAACGUUGAUACCGGACAGGUAGUUAUUACGGAACACUUGCGUAGGCGAGCACUCGAAUUGGUCUCUCGGCAGAUAGAGCGUAUCCGUGGAACUAACUGCACGGCUUCCCUUCAGGGAUCCAAAAGUGGCUCCUCCCAAAGCACCGCACAAUCGCGAUCACCCCCUCUAGUUCAGCCGAUACCUGUUCUUCAACGGUCUCAACAACCACCACAAGUGGAGGUUGGUGACUCUUUGAAGGAGUAUUGCCCCCAUGCAUUGCACCAGCCCAUUUUUCAUGAGUCACCGUCUUCAGUAGAGAGUAGUCGGUCGCAAGCACGGUUGUUUGUCAGUCCAACGUCCUGCUCAUCGCCGAACCUACAGACUCACUCCUCAUCGUCUGAUAACUCUGAAACUCACUUAAAUUCGUUGUCCUCUACCGACAGUCCUUACAACUUCCAAAGUACCUCGCCCGUAACUACACAUCUUCCCACAGCUGUUCUUCCACCCCAGCGACCUUUCUCUCCUACUAUUCGGUACCCAGACAUCCCAAAAGUUCCUGGUUCCGUCGUGCAAGAAGAGGUCCAAGAACGCUUUACCAUAAGCGGCAAUGAGGAAUUUCCUGAUAAGUUUCCUAAGGAAACAUCUUCUAGAAGGCACGAACUCCUGAAAUUUUACUUAAAGGAAAGGUUUGGAGCACCAAAGCACCGGGAUCUUCCUUCAGUACGUUCCAGCCUUGGGUCAUCAUCGGUUUCUUGUUCACAAGUCCACUCUGAUGCCACAUUGAGCACUGUUUCCACAGAACAAAUUCAAGUCCCUUUUGUUGAUCAGUUGAACAACAACAAGCUUCCAGGUAGUCCUUACAGCUUAAAGGAUUCAAAUGUUCACCCUCCAAUGAGCCCAAAAGAGGUUAUUUUUGAUUCCGUUGUUCUUGAGAGUUCCGAUCCAGGAUCAUCGAUCAAGUGUUCGUUCGGCGACGUUCCAGGCGCAUACCGUGCUGGUCAGUCGAACAAGUCGCAUAUUCCGGAUGCUUCGUCACACUCCGUGGCACCUACUAUGUUCGUCCUGGAAUCCUCAAUGAAGGCAGACUGUCGUCCUGUCGUGCCUUCUUGUUCAAAUUCCGAGGUAUCUCACAGGAGCUCGUCCAGCUGCCCUUCAGAUCAGUUCACUGAGCUCUCCAGUCAGACGGUGCAUGACCGUGCCCGCUUCUCUAAAUCAGCCUCACUUGACGUACCGGUUUCUCUAAGAUCCGCGUCGGAAUCGCUGGCAGCGCUCCACGUAAGCCCUCCUAAUCGUCCUCUUGCUGAGCCAGUUAAAUCCGCUCGUCGAACCUCAGAGGAUCCACAGUCAAGGAGCAGUGCUCCAUCUUCGCCAAAAUCCGUGUCCGGUGCCACUCUUGUUUCUUCAAGAAGAAUCACUGCCGUGAACCCAGCUUCACAGGCAGUUCCUUCGCCCAGUCCACCGUUGGAUCAGUCAAACACCGACAUUGUUGCAAGCACCAACUUCCACCUCUCCAUCAGCUCGCGUCCUUCGAGUAGUGAUUCAGCGAUUUGUAAUUCAGCGUCUCGCCUUUUUUCAGUAACUUUGCCAAAUUAUUCCUCUUCCCCAUCAACUUCUUGUCAUCCGGUGACUACUGGGUUUGAUUUAACCAGCCCCAGCUCUCCUAGUAAACCAACGCUAACUUCUCGUGAAUCGUCACCCGUGACAUCCCGCAAUUGUAUCUGGUUUCAAGCCAUCAAAUAUUGCCUUCAACCCGUCGUUACCACCCUAGGAGCUAAGGAGAAUCCGGAGGUGAGGCUCGCCACUUCUUUUCUCACUGACACCACUCAGAAUUCUUCGAGCCGCCCGUCAAAUCAAUUUAGCUCUUUAUCAUCCCAAUCACCGCCGUGCUCUCAAUCCGAGCCACUGACUGGCUCUGGAAAGGACUGGUUCCAGGCAGCUCAUUCAGAACUGUCGUUGGGCCGUCAGUUGUGCAUGAUAGGUGGAGUCUCAGUUAAUAAUGCUGCCGCCAAUCCCGCUCUUAACGAUGAGUUUUGUGCUACUUUUUCGGAAAGUCCUGGUACAGUGCUUUCGAAACCAGUGGGCGACGCUUCUGUGGGAAUAUUGACGUUUCAGAAACAUGUGCCAUGCUCACUGUACCAAAUUUCUAGUGCUGACACUCAUACCCACAUUUCAAACAGCGUAUCGGCGGAUGGAGCUUCGUCGCUUUUGUCUAAUGAUUCAUUUUCGGUUGUUCAAUCUACCAAUAACUCGUCUUCCUCACCCGACAAUUAUUCCAACAAUUCUGAUAAAUUGGAGGCAACCCCAGCUACCAGCGAUGCGUGCCAAAAAAUGCCUCUAAAGAUUACGGUGUCAGUUUCCUGUGACAAGAAACCCCCUAGUGGGCAGUUUGUGCAUCCCGCCACCUUUAAUAACAGACAAGGUAGCUGUUUUCAAUCCACACAAGAUGGCCUCCCACAUGAAGGUUCCUCAAGCCCUGUUUCAACACUAACGCAACUACGAGGGGAAUCAUUUCCACCAACUCCAGCGUCCGGUAGUAACAAGUCACUAGUGUUGAACAAGUUAGGCCUUAAUAGUGCGUCUCAAUCGCUUCCUACCGUUGGCCGCUGUGACGACUUGGAACAAGUGACUGCAACUGUCGAAAUAAACUACAGGAAUGCUCGCUGUGUCUACCAACCGACGUUUUACUCAAUGACGACUUUCUGUACUAACGUUGGCGGUCAAACCACAGCCUCACCUGAUGCUAAUCCCCUGCGUUCAGGGAAUGUAUCGCCGAUGAAGUCACGCGGUAAGACUGUGGAUGAGUCGCUUGAUUCGGAGAGUAAGUCCUAUAGCGCAUCAGUAUCAGUGUCAUUGCGCUCCUUCUUGGAACACGAGGCCGAAACAGCAAAGUCAGUGGUAGAUGGCGCGGGCAACGCAGAAGAGACCCUUUCGGCCCUUGGCCGGUUCGGAAACACUCCUACCUUCCCGUUGGGUGCCUCUCAAAUCCUACAAGGCCCCGCCCUGUCGAAGCAAGGCUACAAACCGUCCAAUUAUAUUGAGCCACCGAACGUCGAUUCAAAGGUCUUCAAGCAUUUAGACGGGAGUCAGAAAGAACUCAGCAGCCAUAUUUCGUCAGGCUAUGCCAACACCACUUCCGUCGAGAAAGCAUCGAAAAACCUAGAGCCUGGAAAUGAGGUGAACCUGAAGGGGAAAACGGCCUUGUCUGAGCAUGGUUCGAAGUCGAAAUGCGGUGAUGACUCACAGUGCACCACCUCUAGUGUUGACGAUGGCAGAGGCAUGGCCGCCAAGUUGGCCGCGAACGCUCAAUCCCACGUCGAGGCCACCGGCACAGUCGCCGAAUCCGCAAACGCGAUCACAACCGCAAACGCGACCCCAACCGCAAACGCAGCCGCAAACCCGACCCCAACCGCAAACGCUACCGCAACCGCAAACGCGACCGCGACCGCAACCACCCCCCCAAAUAGCCUGACCACCAGCACUGCUGCCACCCGCGCCAGGCAACGCAAAAUACACGAUACACUAAAGGCAAGCUCGAUCCACUUGUUUCCCCACCUCGAAGCCUACCAUUUUCAUCUAACCUGGUCUCCUACCACUAAGUCUCGGGCCCCAAAGGCCAUCACCUCAGGACCCUCCAAGGCCAAAGAACCUGCAAAUGCGCCAUCUUCUAACCAGUCUCCCGUCGAUAAUGCAGCCGCUUCUUCCUCCACUCAUUCCAAGCCGACAACCGUCUACUCUGUGUGUGGCCGCCCUAGGUUAACAACCAUGGGUAUAGGAGUGAGAGCUGUGAAAGUAACCUUCUACCUCGACGAGAGAACGUCGCUUACAAUGUCGCAUUCAUUGAUUGACGGUACAGCUGUCAAUACGCAAACGUCGCAGGCUCUGAGUUCAACUGGUGGCUUUACCAAACACCAGCUUGAAUGUAGAAGUGCUUUCAACGACAUUCCCGUUUCACCGCUUCCCUCCAUGGAAGGUAGACGUCAAACCGAAAAGGAAUGCUCCAGACCCAUGCAAAAGGACAUGCGAGCCGUGCUAGGUGCAUAUUGUAAGAACCCAGUUCUUAUGUACGUGGCUCUGCGUUCCUACGGGGACUUCGAUAAGCUGGAUGUUCUGGUUUUAGGUGUCAACUCACAGCCACUUAAACGCCUCCGGAGUGCGCCCAUCUCGAACUUUUUCUUCCUUGAUCCUGACAAUUUUGUUUGCAGAACAAUCCAACCGCACUCGCACUCAAAAGAAGGGCUGCUAGGCGUGCAGUUGCCUUUGCUAUCCAUUUAUUUUUGA